UGUUAAUGACGGGAGAUGUGUAAUACGAUUUUUCUUCGUCUUUUUCAGCCAUCUUGGAUGCGAAGCCGAGAAUAUUGGGACGAUAGUUUCGAGGCACGUUACGCUGAACUCAGGAAAGAUCCCACAAGACCACCUUUGAAGGUGAUUCUGGUACCACACAGUCACACCGAUCCAGGAUGGUUGAAGACAUUCGAACAAUAUUUCCACAGCUCUACCAGAAGUAUUUUAAACAACAUGGUAUCAAAGCUACAACAAUGGCCGAACAUGACCUUUAUCUGGAGCGAAGUGUCCUUUUUAUCGCUCUGGUGGGACAGUGCUCACCCUACGAAGAAGGCGGUGAUAAAGAGAUUGGUCAAGGAUGGACGACUAGAAAUGACUACGGGAGGAUGGGUGAUGACGGAUGAGGCAACAUCUCACAUCUUUGCUAUGUUGGAUCAAUUGAUCGAAGGACAUCAAUGGCUGAAAACGAAUUUAGACGUGACCCCGGAGUCAGGUUGGUCCGUCGAUCCUUUCGGUCAUGGUGGGACGAUUCCUUAUUUCCUAAAAGCUUCUGGCGCAACGGGAACUGUAAUUCAAAGAAUACAUUACGCUUGGAAGCAAUGGUUCGCGAAGAAACAGUACGGUGACUUCAUUUGGCUCCAACCAUGGGACCAAAGUGGUAACGCCGACAUGUUGACGCACAAUCAACCCUUCGACAUCUAUAACAUCAAACACUCCUGCGGACCGCACCCACACGUUUGUCUAAACUUCGAUUUUCGUAAGAUACGUGGCGAAUACACCGAGUACACCGUCAGAGCUGUUGAAAUCACGCCGAACAACGUCAAACAAAUGGCCGAGUUACUUUUAGAACAGUACUCGAGAACUGGUUCUCUCUUCAAUCACAACGUCGUCUUGAUGCCUCUCGGAGAUGAUUUCAGGUACGAUCAUGCAAUCGAAUGGGACCAACAGUACACGAAUUACAAAAUCCUCAUGGAUUACAUAAACAGUCGCAAAGACGAAUACAACGCCGAGGUGAUUUUUGGAACUCCGAAGGAUUACUUCCAAGAGAUUCAGAAACGAGUAGAAAAAUUUCCCACCUUGAAAGGAGAUUUCUUCGUUUAUUCGGAUAUCUUCAGCGAGGGUAGACCAGCCUAUUGGAGCGGUUAUUUUACGACUAGGCCGUAUAUGAAAAUUCUCGAUCGAGAAUUGGAAGCUAAUUUGAGAUCAGCCGAGAUAUUAUACACCAUCGCUUUAAACGUCGCGAAACAAUCUAAAAAAGACAUCAAACUUUACGAGACGUAUUUUGAGAAACUCGUGAAAGCUAGAAGAAAUCUCGGAUUGUUUCAACACCACGACGCUAUAACGGGAACUUCUAAAUCAUUUGUGAUGAAGGAUUACGCGUUGAAACUCUUCGAAUCGAUCUCCGACACCACGAGCUUGCAAAGUUUCGCGAUUCAAUCAUUGGCCGCUACGACUAACAAGCCAAACUCCGUCUACGUCCUGGCGGAAUCCGAUAGGGACAGUUAUGAAAAACUUCCAAAGAAGAUACCCAUCAACAUGAACAGCCAAGAGACGCGAAAGAUUGUCCUGUUCAAUCCUCUUGCUCAACCGAGACAAGAGAUGAUCAGUCUGAAGGUUACUUCGUAUAAAAUACGAGUGUUAGAUCCUCAAAAAAACCCGAUACCUUACCAGAUAGCACCGGUGAUGAACGCUACGAGCAUUACGCACGACGUUUACGUUCUCCUCUUCGUUGCAGAAUUGAAACCACUUGCGAUAGCGACCUACCAUCUGCAACAAGUGGACAAGAUCCCCAUGGACGCUAUAUCCACGAUUUAUUGCAGUAGAUGCGGCAAGGACAAUGUUUUCACGACAAAACCGAUGCAGAUCGGGGACGUUCAACUGGAGAAUCAUAGAAUGAAAUUGCUAUUCGAUGGUCAAACCGGUUUCUUGAAACGCGUUGCGAAAAAAUCGAGCGGUAAGAUAAUGCAAUGUGCUAUACAAUUCGCUGCUUAUCCAUCGGCACAAUUUCACAGUGGUGCUUAUCUGUUCAUGCCGGAUCCUAAUCUACGGGACACGGAUAAGGACGUUCUCGAGGCUUACACGCCCCAUCAAAAGAUCUAUAUCGUCAGUGGCAGCCUGAGUUCUCGUUUGACGGUCGAAUAUGGAAAAUUAUUGACUCAUCAUGUAGCGAUUUAUCAUAGAGACGGUGGUUUGGGCGAUGCAAUAUAUCUUAGAAACAUCGUUGACUUCGAAACACCACCGAAGAAUCGGGAAACCGAGAUGUUUAUGAGACUUCAAACUGAUAUAAUGAACGGCGAGCCGCCAGAAUUUUAUACAGAUCUUAAUGGACAUCAAAUGAUAAAGAGACGGAAAAUUGAGAGAAUUGGUAUAGAGGGUAAUUAUUAUCCCAUAACAACGAUGGCUUACAUAGAGGACUCCAAUCACAGAUUGACUCUAUUGGUCAACCACUGUCAAGGUGCUGCCAGUUAUCAGCCAGGGUGGCUCGAAGUUAUGUUGGACAGGAGGACACUCUACGAUGACUCGAGAGGAAUGGGCGAGGGUCUUUUGGACAAUAGAAAAACUAUAAUAAAACAUUGGCUAUUGCUCGAGGAUAUCGUGGGCGGUGGGGACAAGUAUUCGAAGCCAUCCUUGUUCGCCAAUCAUCUUAGCAAUGCUUUAAACUAUCCUGUAAAUAUCUUCGUAGUCGAUGGGACCGAAUCGGAGAUCGUUAUGGCACCGGAAGUUAGACUUCUCAGCCAGAGCUUCCCCUGCGAUCUUCAUUUGUUGAACUUAAGGACAAAUCACGAUCAGAAACUGCCACAUUUCCCAGUGAACAACGCGCUUAUGGUCUUGCACAGGCAAGGUUACAGCUGUUCGGUUGGCGCUGACGUAACUAUGAAACACUGUCCUUUAAACGAUCGAUUAUCGCAAACCACGACGUUUUUUAAGUUAUCUAAACUGAACGUCACGAAAACAUCUCUGACGGGUACAAAAACGAAACGUCAUUUGAAGGACGGUCUCCAAGAAAUUGGAUUGCAGCCAAUGGAGGUCGAAACGUUCAACGUUAAUUUCCUUCAAUGAUCUCUUAUAAGCCUUCAUCAUCUCGGUUAGAAAAUAGGGUCAGAAAUAUUUUAUUGAGAUUAUCGAAGGACUUUGAAGGAUUCUUCUCUUUUUCUUUCUUUUUUUUUUCUUUUCUUUUUUUAAAUAGAGAACACUGCCGAUCUCUCAAUACACUGACUGGCUAAAUCUCUUUCGUCUGAUUAACGAACAUUUUUUGUAAAUACGACCUUUUUAUUCAUUUACUCGUCGAACUUUCGUAAAUUACGACAAUUAUCUUUUGUAUCGUUUAUUUUUCACUAUAAAUUCAAGAGAACGCGGAUGAUUCUGAACCAAAAAGAAAAACAAAAAAGAAAAAACAGAGAGAAAGGGGACAGUGGCGAGAGAAGAGAGAAAGUAUAAUACUAAAAACUAUUUACUUUAAAUAUGACGACGUAUACGUUUUCGACGAGUUUCUUUUAUAUUUUUUAUCGAGAUCAAUACGGAAGAGAUUCUUUCCUAUCGUUAUAAUUGGAAUAUCGAUAA